UUUUUGAUGGUGCUGAUGUUCCUUGUGUAGAGUAUGACUCUCAAUGUCUUCUGCAAUUUUGUUCCCUCUAUAAACUAUGGACACUGAGUUGAAACAGGUACCUAUUGAUGAACAGUAUUAUCUUGUCAAAAUGUGAAGUCACAGAUCAACAAGAUAAGAGUGUCCCAGUCGACAAUGAACUUGUCUUUCAGCACUUCUUUUGCCAAAUUUGUCCAGAUUGUUGCUGCAAAAGGACAUGAAAAAAAGAGAUGAUUUCUGGUCUCUACUUGGUGCUGACAUUAGCUGCAAGUUGUGUUGAUGUCUCCAUUCCAUUUCGCCAUUCUUUCUAAUGUGGCCAAGCGAUCUUUAAUUGGUGUCCAGACCAUGAAAGCGCACUUCGGUGUAACAUAAUGAAACCAAACGCCCUUGCUCCAGUUGCAGACCGGUUUCUCCUCUCUUAUCAGUACCCAAGUUGUUUUUGAAUCAAAGCGAUUCUUGUACUUAUUCGAUUUUCCUUUCCGCGACAUCAAAUUAUCCAGAACACACAAAUGAUAGACACCCAAAAGAAAUAUAAGAAUUCCAAUGAUAAAUGUUUAUCAACGUUCCAAAGUUUUUUAGAUCAAGAAUCGAAGAAAAUGAUUAAAUUAUAGAAAGACUCAAGCGCUGCAGAAAAAUGACGAUGUUUGUGUCUUACAAAUUUGUUCAAGUAAAAAUUUAGUUGAUUUAUUCAUAAAAACGCUACCCACUGCUAUUUAUUAAAUGCUAAUUCAUCUUAUCAGAUUAAGUUAUCCAAAGAUCUCGACAUAUGUAUACAUGAGAAUGAAUCAUUAAGUGUUCACAUUUUUUUCUUUAACCAUAGAUUUUUUACAUUGAAUUUUCCUGGUAAAAGCAUCAUCUUAUGCAAAUAAUAGUCUUUAAGCAUAAAUGUUAUGGAUGUUGUAUUGAUGUCAAGCAUAGAAAAUUAUUCUCCAAACUUUAAUUAUUCUUAAAGAUAGACUUAAUCUCCAAGUUAUUGUACUCCUAUAUUAAGUACUCAUUACUUAUAGAAUAAGAUACAUCAAUUCAUUUUCUUUUUUUCUUACUUCCAACAAAUUUCAUUUUAUCACAAUUCUAUUUUUUUGGCAAAAUUCUUAAAAGACCAAAAAAUAGGUUUUCUUACCACAAGAACACACAAGAAGAAAAAUCACAAAAAGUUACAAUAUAAGUGUUGUUUUGAUCUUGGUCAAGAAAUGGCCGGCGAUGGUAGCACCCAACGAUCUCCCAAGAACACUGAUGUAUUAAUAACCGACAAAAACAUUCCUAAAACAAAACAUCUAUCCAUUGAUACUAACGACAGCGUCCCACGCUCUCCAAGAAGCUCCGGCGGGUUCACAAACGCUAGCCGCCUCUCCGUCGACUCUCAGAGACCGAAACCACCAUCACCGGGAACAUAUCUCGUUCAAAUCCCCAGAGAACAGAUUUACCGUGUUCCUCCGCCGGAGAAUGCUCGCCGUUACGAAGAUCUCUCUCGCCGGAAGCCUAAUCGAUCAGCUUGUCGCCGGUGCUGCUGCUACUCUUUAACUGUUUUACUCGUUCUUGUCACCCUCGCGGCGGUUCUUGUCGGGAUAUUCUUCCUCGUUUUCCGACCGCAUAAGCCGAUGUUCUCCGUGAGUGGAGUCUCCGUCGCCGGAAUCAAUCUGACGUCGUCAACGUCUCUGAUAUCUUCGUUAGUCGAAGUCAAGGUGAGGUCUGAGAACGUUAACGAGAAACUCGGGUUAAUAUACGGCGGAGGAAGCGCGGCAGAGAUUUUCUACGACGGAGCCAAACUAGGUGACGGCGAGUUCACGGCGUUUGAUCAGCCGCCGGAGAAUGUAACGGUGACGGUGACGACGUUAAGGGGAUCAAGGAUCCAGUUAACGAGCUCCACGCUGGAAGAUUUAAAGGAAUCGGAGAAGAAAGGAAAAGUGCCGUUUGAUUUGAGGGUUAAAGCGCCGUUUAAGUUUAAGGUUGGCGUAGUGACCAUGUGGACGAUGGCCGUUACGGUGGACUGCAAACUAACAGUGAAUAAACUGACGUCAUCAGCAACUGUCAUAACCGAAAAUUGCGUUACCGAAGGCAUAAUCCUCUUGUGAUUUGUCAGAAAGAUAUUCGGAUUUUCGUAUUAUUAUUGUUUAGUUUGUUUGAUUUAUUAAUACAUUCUAUGAACAAAAAUUGAAAUUUAAUAAUUUUUAAAUAAAUGUUUUAAUUGGUUCAGAUCAUGAAUAUGAAAGAGGAAACUAAUCAAAAUAUUUAAGAAGUCAGUUACUUUAUUUUACAUCAAUGUUACAUGAAAUUUAGCAUUAAUAAACUAAAG